AUGGCCCCCAAGACAGUCUCCGUGACGGUGAGGUACUCGAAGCCAGGGACGCAGCCUCCGAUCUACCUGGGAGGCUCCUUCGACGAUCCGCAAUGGCACGAGCCACGAGAGAUGCAGUAUACCACCGACGAGAACAACGAGCAUGAUUUCUACACCGAAGUCAACGUAGAGGAAGGCAGGGAAUACCAGUACAAGUUUCGCGUUGGCCCGGGUGACUGGUGGGUUUUGAACGAGGCAUCUCCAACCGUCCCCGACAACCAGGGGAUUCCAAACAAUCUGCUCGCCGUCCCAAUCUCGGAGCACUCUACCGCUAUAGUUGAAUCAACACCAGCUGCAGACGCACUCACGGCGGAAGAGCCACCAGCUCUUGCUGCAGAUAUGGAGCACUCCACCAGAGGCCAUGCCGAAGAGGCAAUGGACACGAGAGAGACAUCCGACGUUCUCUUCGAUGACGAGAUCGUCAAGGACUUGGAACAACCGGAGGCCACCCCCUCGUCCGUCGUCCGUGACCCAGUCGAGCCACACUCAACAUCCGCAGCAGAGUCGAAGGCGGACGUGGUUGAGGCAAUGAAGGACGGAAAGAUUGCUCCAUUGGACUCUUCCCCUGGAACAGUCGAACCACACCCCACACCUGCAUCAGAGCCCAAGACAGUAGUUGGCGAUAAGUCGAAGGACACAAAGAAAGCCUCGUUGGCGGUUUCCCCCGAGCCACUCGAGCCACACCCAACCCCAGCUAUGGAGCUGGACAAGGUAGAUGCCGAGCUUGUCGAGGAGCCUGAGGAUGGAAACGGAAGAGACAACGACAAGGCUACACGCUCCACGGACAGCAUUGAAUCUGCGCCAACCUCUCCUUCUGCCAUCAUUCUGACUGAGGACCAACCCAACGCACCUACCUCAGAAGCCGAAGAGUCCCACAUUGAUGUCACUGAACACGGAAAUGCCAGUGGCAACUCUGGGCCCGAGCCGCAUAGCACCGCUCCUGCCUUGGUGGUUGAGAAGGUCGAUUCGAAGCCUAGCUUUGGCGAUGAUUUUGGUCCAGGAGCUACGGUUGCAGAGAAGGAUGCCCAUAAGCUUCGAACCCUUGAUGCAGAGCCAGAUCUAACCAUCAUCCGAAAUGGAGCUAAGACGCCAGAAAUCGCCAAUGUCGCGGCUGAAGUUGCGGAUUCUGCUGCGACACUUGACCGAGAUGCUCCCACACCGCCCAUUUCUGACGAGGAGGCAGGCCGUACUGGCUAUCGACGCAUGUCCAAUACUCCGAUACCAGAAGUUGCGGCCACAGCUGCUGAAGUAGCUGAUAUUGCUGCGUACAUUGAUGGUGUCCCUAUCAGCAAGAAAGAGUUUGGUGAUCUUCUUGAGACCAGAGGCUACUUCGAGAUCAUGAAUGAUGAAAGCAUUCAAUUUGCAGAAACUCCACCGGACGAAAAGGUUCCACAAUUGCCUCACGAGAGCGGCUUAUCACUUCCUAUUCGUAACAGUACAGCUGUCUACGACCCCGUUGAUAUUCCUUUCUACGACCCCAAUGAAUCAACCAUGAUUCCAUUUCCGGAAGACCGCGAGGGGAUUUUGAGGGAAUUGGCAAGGAUCGAAGCCAGUAUGCCCCAAGGUGCCCGUGCCUACUCGGAACGCUCCUCGUCGCUCGGUCUUAUUGCAGAAGAGAUCGAGGAAGAUCAGGAGGACCUUUCAGGACCUGUCAAAGUCAACGGCAGUGGCGGUUUGACGCAUUCGAGCAAGACGGAACCCGAGGGCAUGAUGGGGGAUUCUGACAAGGUAGGGGAUGGCAUAGCUGUGUCCAAUCCCGCAAUUUCAAACGGCGAGAAUGUGAAGCCCGAGGAAGGAGAGACACCCACUGUGGAGGUCCCAGUCACCUCUAGCCCGGAACCCGUCGACCUCAAUGCAUCCGUGGAUGGUGCUGAAGAAUCGCCAAAAAUGCCGUUGCCAGCCACACCAGAGAGAAUCCCAGCAACCCCAUUCGUGGUCGGGAACCGACAACUUGGCCACGACGAUGGAGAAGUCCAGGCAAUCACUACCACUGGUGGUCCCAAUAUUCUUGUCGAGCCAGCUACCCCAGCUGCAUCCACCGCUCUACCCAAUCCCAUGGAUCAGCCUGUAGACAACCAGCCUCUCGCUCAGCCAGCCAAGCCGGUCGAGCAGCCCAUUGAUACUGCAAAGACUAGUGCAAUCGAGGACAAGAAUGGAAGCGGAAAACUCAUAUCUCGCAAGCAACCACCAUCACCAGUCCCGGAGCGGCCUAUUACCCCCAGCUCAUUGCGCUCCGUUAAUAAGGACGCCGGAUCUCGGAACUUCUUGAAGGCCUUCUGGCGGGUUGUCUUUGUCGAUUGGAUCGGUGGUCUGAUUGUGCGCCUUUGCGGAGGCAAUCGCCGCAAGCUUCUGGCUGUGGGUGCUAUUGCAGCCUUCGGGUUGUAUUUCUUCUUGCCGACUCCACGUGUUGCAGGGCUGGGGAUGGGCGUACCAUAG